UGCGAGCGCAUUUACAUCCAGUUGUCACUCAGGUUACCAACGGACUAUCGUGUAACAAGAGGAGCCUAACCAGACACUCAAAAUAAAAAAAAUAACAGUAAUCAGAUAUGAGCUAAGAAGCCGAUGGUAGGUCUAUAAUGAAGGUUCAUCGAUGUGAGACAGGGGAUAUAGAUACGGAAAAAGCACGCACAUGAUUGGACAACGAAGUACAAGCAUCAUGCUCCCCAUGAGCCAGUGAUUGACAGGUCACAAUACCAUAACAUGCAGCCUUCCUAAUUACGAUAUGUACUAUUUAUGUACAUGUUGUCUGGGAUAUACUCGUAACACGUGAUUUCAGGGAUAUAUAUAUAAUCAGGGAAACGUCAUAGUGCAUUCUGGAACCGUUAGCAUCUUUUCCUUUCGUUGGAUUGCUAACACUAUGGACAGCAAAAUCACGUUGCGCCAUCUGAUAGUCAGUAUUGUGGUGUUGAUGGUGACGUCACAAGGUUUCUCCAAAUCGGUUCAUCAAAUCGUGGAUGAUGACAUCAGAAAGUAUCACACGGAAAGACAACCACGAGAUUCCGGCUUUGAAGAAUUUACAGUCACUCAGCUGAUAGAAAAAGGAAUUGGAGAUUCAGCAAUACCGUUUGUUAGUGCUUCUGUAUACCGACGGAAACGGUCAUUAGAAGAAACAAAAAAGAAACUAGCAGUGGAAUUUAAAGCUUUUGAUGAAACAUUCACUCUUGAAGUACAACAUCAGACAUCUGUUAUACACCCAAACGCUAAAAUCGUUUUAACAAACGGUGACAAAGAGGAGGAAUGGAACGGUCCACACCCGGACUGUUUCCUCACAGGCAAUGUGACGUCACACAAUUCCGGAACAGUUUCCUUAUCCUACUGUGAUAAUUUGGAAGGAGGUAUGUGGACAGGAGGCUAUGAAUACCACAUAAUGACUUUACCUGAACGGCUACAUAAACGGGACACUGCGAGCAGUAAUGUCCAUUCCGUACUAGUGUCAAGGCGACACCUAGGAACCUCCCUGAUCGACUCGCUUCAUUUACAAAAAGACUCAAUUCGUCCCGAAGAGGAUUCGUCAGGUCGAAAGAAACGCACAGCUUACGUCAUCCCUUCUACGUCUUUCACCAUGGAGAUGGCGGUAUACACUGACGCGGACUUUACGGCACUCUUUACUUACAGUGACGUCUCCCUCAGGAUAACAGCCAUAGCUACCAAAUACAAUGGGGUGCAGGCCGAGUGGAGCAGAGCCUCUGACCUGGGUUACACCGUUACCAUCGUUAUCAAGCAUAUCAACAUGUUUGAAACAAACCCGGUCUGGUACACUGCCUCCACAGCCCUCGGCACUAUCCUUAGCCAGAUAUGCCAAGGGGCCGCUACCAGUGACGACGAACCAUACGAUAUUAUAUUCCUACAUACAGGGAUAUCUGGAGUUGACCUAGGUGGACUGGCUUACCAAAACCGGAUUUGCAAAGACAACAACAAAUGUGGCGUGUCCGCAUCACGAAGUCUAGUUACUUACAUUGCAACUGCUCAUGAAAUAGGCCACAAUAUAGGAAUGUAUCACGAUGCCGACAAAGGCUGUACCGGUGAUGAUACUGGAGUUAUGGGAGGGCGUGGUGUAAGAUGGAGUACAUGUAGCAAGGCAGACAUGCAAGCAUACUUGGCCACCGGCAAUGCACAAUGUCUUUGGGAAACAAACAUUCCUUCAGCGAACGUUUCUGCUGAACUACAGAGCAUUUCACUGACAGGAGAGCUAAUAGGCCAGACUCUUCUGGAAGACGAAGUGUGCGAGGUUUUGUAUGGAAGCGGGUUCCGGUUCAGGGAAUAUCCUAAUUUCAGUAACUGCGGACUUUUUACCUGUGUGAAUAUGAACAGAGGUACCACUUAUGGACAAAUGUAUAAGGAGUCAUCAAGUAUAUCAGGGAACUAUUGUGAGGAUGGAAAGGUGUGUUUCAAGGGAAGUUGUUCAGAUCUAGCAACUGCUCAACUAACAGGAGCCACUGUUACAGCUGGAGGGUGGUCAAACUGGGAAUCGUGGUCGACUUGCUCUCGUACAUGCGGAACAGGUGUGCUCCAUAGAAGACGUAUAUGUAAUAAUCCAAGACCGAAGAACCACGCAUUUUGCCCUGGCGAUCAAUAUGAAGCAGAACUGUGUAACACUACGCCUUGCUUAGGAGACAGUACAACUGAAAGUACGCUGAUAACUGCCAGAGCGUCUGAAACAUGUUACGCGCUGGUGCAAUAUGGUGUUAUCGAUAUCGCAAACUACUUUCCAACGGGGACUGUCUACAACAACGUCCGAAUGGGUAAAUGUGAGGUAAAGUGUGACAGAAGGACAGGAUACACGCCCGAGGCAUACACCCGGUAUGGUCUGAUGCCCGACGGAACGCCAUGUAACGAAGUCCUACACGAAUGGGACGAGAAGGACUGGCCACGAAGACCUGGGUAUGAGGAUUAUUGCCUAGAGGGAUACUGUUAUGUGUUUGGUUGUGAUAACAAAUUAAACGGACAACAGUAUGACCAGUGUGGUGUUUGUGGGGGAGAUAACUCUACGUGUCUCUUCUAUAAUUCCGUUUAUACCGAUUCUGUCGCACAAGGUGAUCGGGUAACUAUAGUUCAGUUACCAGCGGGGUCCUUCAACAUCCAGUUUUGGUUCACGUAUAGCCAGAUGAAUAAUGACUAUGUAGAGCUGUGGAGUAAAGACGAUCGAGCUAUCAUUGCCUCUAGAGUUUAUAGCAGCUGGGUGCAUGAUACUGAAGACAGCCCUAUCUAUCAUGCUGGCGCAUACUGGUCAUUUUACUUCAAUACUCAGUAUCUUUUAGGAAAAGGAGUUCUGACGAAUUCUGUCAUCAUUAAGUUCUUCAAUCUCAAUGGUAAUCCUAAUCUGGGGGUGAACUACGCCUACUCUACACCGCUGAAUGUUGGGAGUUGUACUGGAACCUGUCAGAAUGGUGGUACAUGGGACAGCUCAUUGUGUGCUUGUUCGUGUCCAGAGAACUUUUACUCCUUGGACUGCAGCAGUUCGUGCAACACUGAGUGUUUGAAUGGAGGGACUGUUAUAGAGGAUACGUGUGGUUGUCAGUGUAAUAACCAGUCAUUUGGCAAUAAAUGUCAGACAUGUAAAGUACCUUACACGGGACAGGGGUGUCAGAGCUGUGCGGGCGCCACCUGUCAGAACUGUGGUGUUUUUGACAGCGCCACCUGUCGAUGCCGAUGUCUUGACGGAUAUGGCGGGACAUCUUGUGAAACCACAUGUGCUGAUACCAGCUCUACCUGUGCUGCAGACGCCGCCGCGGGGAAAUGUGACUCGGACAACAUUAACAUGGAAGCCAAUUGUCCUUUAACAUGUGGACUGUGUGUGGCUAAAUCUCCACCAGAUAACUGUUCUACGGCUAUAGUGAUAUCAUCAACGACAACAACGACGACGACAACAACUUCACAACCCAGCACAUCGACAUGUCUUACCGACGAGUUCACCUGUACCAACGGCAACUGUGUGUCCGUCAAUGUGACAUGUGACCGGACUGACGACUGUGGCGAUUUCAGUGACGAAUUGGGCACGUGCAUGUCAAGUACAGUACAACCAAGUACAUAUACCACAACAUCUACCAGUACAAAAGUUAUUACUACGACCGGUAGUACCGCUUCUUCCGCCGGAAGUACGACCACUACAAAAGCUACAACUUCCACCGGAAGUACGACCACUACAGAAGCUACUACUUCCACCGGAAGUGCGACCACUACAAAAGCUAUUACUAUGACCGGUAGUACUGCUUCUUCUGCCGGAAGUACGACCACUACAAAAGCUACAACUUCCACCGGAAGUACGACCACUACAGAAGCUACUACUUCCACCGGAAGUAAGACCACUACAAAAGGCACUUCUUCGACCAGUAGUACGACCACUACAAAAUCUACUACCUCGACCGGAAGUACCAUUACCACAAAAGCUGCAAUGUCAACCGGAAAUGCGACAAGUACGACAACUACCACUGUUCCCCAAACACAGAAUAUAAAUUCUACUUUUUCCUCUACUACUAUCACCUCUGUUACUUCUACUACCUCUGCUCUAACUCAGUCGGCAUCCACGACAGAGCCCACCACAGUUACAAAACCGUUAACUACCAAGGAAAUAAUUACCAUAGUUGGAAUUAUCGCAGGGGUAUCGGUACUGAUUCUAGCAGCUUCGGGGUAUGCUUUGUACAUAACCAAGUUGAACGAUGGAAAUCGAGCGAAAAUGUAUUCUGGAACACAACCAACGAAUGUAAUCCAGACGCAUCCUGCAGGUGAUGGAUAUCAUGAGCUUACCACACACGAAAAAAAUGGGGAUCGUGACUCGAAAAGACACUCAAAAAAUGGAUAUCAGUCUGGAAUUAAUUAUCAUCCCAGUGGAGAUGUAUUUAAAAACUAUGAUUAUGUGUAGACGGGAAAGCAUUGACGAUGACAGAGAACCGCUUGUGACGUUGAAAUCCGAAUAUCCUUGUUUCCCUAAGGUUCCCAUACAUUCUUCAUCGACAUUUAUUGAUUCAUUCUCAGAAUCAAUCUACAUGUAUUGUACAAUCAAUCUUCUCCUUCAAUUACCAUGUUACAUUACUUGCAGAUUCGAAAUGUCCCUUUCUUUUAUUUUUUUUAAUUUUUUUUUCCUCAAAAUUACACUUAAAACCUUCGAACCAUUCUCAUCUUAUCAAAUGUAGGUCUGAUCUCAAAGAUAAAAUUAGCUUCAAAAUAUUAUGAAUUGCUUUUUCAUUAUUGUAUGGAUGCUUGUUUUGUUUAUAGAGAAUCACAAUCGCUGAUGAUAUAUUAUUUUUUGUGCAUAUCGUCAUUUUGCAUACAAACACGCUUGUGUGAAUUAUAGCUUGGUUAUCUUUGUGAUGCAAGAACAUUUAUAAAUAUUGAUUAACUAUCAUAAAUGUGUAAUAACGUAACUGAAUACGAAUAUUAUAAAUGUCGUUCACAAAAUGGCAGGGGUUGAUUCACUUACGAUUUUAGCAAAAUAGAUAACCAGUCGAGACCGUGACACUAGAAUCUCAGAGAUUCGUACAUGUAUAAUCACCCUAUAAUUUCUAAUAUUACUCAUCACACGGCUGUUAUUGGAGAGCUGCAGUUGUCCACCUUAAGGCCUCCGGUCGACUUUUAACAAUAAACAGUUACCAACUUUGGUUGAUAUCUUGGUAUUACCUGGACAGAUAUCAGUGAAAAUGUACGUUGUAUACUAACAUCAGAUAAAGUCACAUAGAUAAAUGACCGUGUUUAAGUUGUUGAAUUGGUAAGAUAAUUGUUCAACUUAAAGAUAAAAUUGAUUGUUAAUAAUUGUUACAGCUGAAUUGUUGAGUUUUUGUUUUAUAUCCUGUUAUCUUAAACAAUAAAACUAUUUUUAUAUAUUGUAUCAUCCCCAACCAGUGUAAUGAUCCCAGGUGAUUAAAGGUUUGAUAUCCGACAAGGGAUGACAAAGAUUGUUAUACCAGGGAUGAUUUUACACGAGGGGUUAUAAAUAGAGCAAUAUAUCAUAAUAAUCCUACAAAACUAUGUCUACGUUACAAAUCAAUGUAUCAUUCAUUUUUAUUUUCCCAUCAACUUGAUCUCUUUAUGUGUGUUUUAUCAAACUGUGAGCUUUUGUUAUUCAUACUUAAUACUGUAAACGUUCAAAUUUUAGCGGUUUUCGCGGUAGAAGAAUUGCUGCGUUAAAUACACUUAUCCCUAUCAUUUCUAUAGAAAAUUAUGUCGGUGCGCCAAUUCAUCAUUGCGUUAUCUAUAAAAGUUCGUAAUACGCUAAAAUAUGAAUGCGCCAAAAUUUGUCUGUUUACAGUAUGUUUUUUUUUUAAUAUUUUUUUUUGUAGUUUUUUAUGUAAGAUAAAGCAGUUAAUGUCAUAUGCCAAUUUUAUCACACAUUUAAAUGAUGUUGUUUCAAUGCACGCAUACUGGGGAAUGGUUUAAUUGUUGAUGAAACAAUAAGCCACACGCAUUAUUUAAUUCCAGUAGUACAAAAUUAUCUCUUGUGAAAAUAUUGCAAAUCUGCCUUGCCCCAUUUCCUACUAUCGGUGAAAUUAAAGAGAGAAAAUGUUUCCUCUUGACAAUAUGGUCAUUUACACUAAAUCACGGUAAAUCAGAUAUUUACUAAAGUAUGUGUAUUAUGAGACAAUACGACCGAUUCUGACAUUACUGCUUUAUCCAAAUAUCCUGUAGGUGUACUGCUCUUUGCUUAGCCUGUUACGUAGCCGCAUACAAUCAUUGUAUUUAUAUAACAGUGGAGGUAUUUGAAACAUUUUGAAAAAGGAAAUAAAAUGAAUAAAGUUACAUUCCAUCCAACAGAUUAUGAAACCAUAAACUACAAUUUUGCGAAUACUAUCUAAAAUUUAAAACUACUUUCAAGGAUUCAAAUUACGCUAAAAUUGACAAAUAAUAAUUAUAAUUAAAAAAAAUCUUACAAACAUUAUAUAAACAGGUACUUUAUCAUCUCAACUUUCACGGGAUCAAUCAUCAUUAUGCCAUCUAUUUUGAUGAUUUCAAAUUGAUCUAGUUGCAUAUAAAUAUAUCCUCCAUGUCAAUGUGCUGUAGGCAGAGAUUUUGUAAGCAAUAUCUGUGAUCAUCAAUUUUUAUUGUAUGCAUGUGUGACUUGUAGAGCAAUAAAAUAUAUUUUGUUA